CUUGGUUCCUCACUCAUUCUGGUUCUUCAGCAGAAAGCUCCUGUCUGUGUCUGUGAUCGGGUUUAUUGAACUCCUAUCAAGAUGUCCUGCCAGCAAAGCCAGCAGCAGUGCCAGGCCCCUAAGUGCCCCCCUAAGUGUCCUCCCAAGUGUCAGACUCCUAAAUGUCCACCCAAGUGCCCACCCAAGUGUCCCCCCAAGUGUCCUCCCCAGGCUCCAUGUCCUCCUCCAGUCUCUUCCUGCUGUGGCUCUAGCUCUGGAGGAUGCUGCAGCUCUGGGGGAUGCUGUGGGUCCAGUUCUGGAGGAUGCUGCAGCUCUGGGGGAUGCUGCAGCUCUGGCUCUGGGGGUGGCUGCUGCCUCUUUUCCCAUCACAGGAGAUCCCACAGACGCAGACACCAGAGGUCUGACUGCUGUGACAGUGGUAGUGGGAGCAGCCAGCAAUCCGGGGGCUGCUGUGGGAGCUCUGGAGGCUGUUGUGGUAGCUCCGGGGGCUGCUGUUAAUCUAAUCCCUUUGACUAAGAAGAGCAGUGUCUUAGAAAUGAAAAAAUGCUCCUGACACUGAUCCCUCACUCUCAUUUCAUCUUCAUUAUCCCUCUUUUCAGGAUCGUGGAUGGGUAGCUGAAAUACUCUGAAGGGACUUACAAAGUUCAAGAAGAUAUUUGAUCUUAUUCCAAAACCUUACAUUUCAAAGUUGGACCCAAACCUCACCUUAUUUAUCUUUUACAACAAUAAACCUCCUUGUUUCUGGUCACAA